AUGCACAGGAUCGGAUUGGUCGUGAAUAGCUGGACCUUCGUCGCCCUUCUGCCCCUCGAGGGCGAAUCAGCCCGCGAGGUAAUCAGAGGAAGCGACACCUGCGACUCCCCAGCUAACACAAACGCCAACAUCACAGGGUCAGGUGGCUAUAGCAGUUCACUCGACCUCUGCUAUGCAUCGAACUGA